CGAUGCAAGAUCGUCAGGUAUACCUCUUAUGGAAACGGUUUUCUGAGAAACAACAAACUCUACACUGACACUAUCGUGCAGUUAGCGUUACAGUUGGCUUUUCUGAAAACCCAUGGAUCGUUUGCUCCAAUUUAUGAAACAGCUUCUACCAGGAAGUUCUUCCAUGGGCGAACGGAAACUGUUCGAGGUUGCACUGUAGAGAUGGUAGCUUUUGGAAAAGCAGUUCUAGGGAGUUCUAAGGUUGCGCUCUUCGGGAUUUUGGGGUUUCGAUGA